GCAAAUGAUAAAAUGGAAUAUAUGUUCAGGUGCAGUCUUAGGUUAAAGGAAGAGAUCUGAAGAUUCUGGAAAAUAACUGAAGCUCUGAUAAAUGAAUGUUUUGGAUGACAAGAGAGGUUGUGAGUACUUACAAACCAACGAUGGCAGCGCCGGAAGAAGUGUAUUGGGAAAGAUGGGUACGAGGGGCAAUUUGGGUGGCUGGCUCAUGUGUGGUGUGGUGUCCUGUAUGUGUCUGUCUCAGUGGAGGUGGAGCAUGGUGGGUUUGCGCAUGUGCAGUUGGCCUUAUCACUAUCACACUUGGUUCUGGUUAUACAAGUUGGACUGUCUUCAACAACCUCUUGAAACAUGGCCCGCAGUCCUACCCAUUAUUUACAAGAGUCUUCAGUAUUGUGGAGCGUAUUGUGGAGAGAGGUCACGUUAAUAGCUCUAUUCUACAAGAUAAAGGUCGGCCAUCAACCACUAGUGGUGUCGGCGGUAGUUCCCGAACAGGGUUGACUGGUACUCAAGACAUAGUUAUGCAAGAGGUGGUGUUGAGUGCCACAUCUCUACAUAAUUUCCUCGUAAUGCCAUGGUAUCGUCUCGUGUCUCCAGAUAACCAUUUUUCAUACCAGAUAAAAGAUAUACUGGAAGAAAUGUUGACAAAUAUGUGUCAGAAGGUUAGGGAAUCUGCCAGUAUCACCCAUCUUGCAUCGGGGUUAAUCCACAUCUAUUUGCAGCACUACCGACAAUAUCAUCGUGCCCUAAGAAAGGUAUCUAAGAAACACAGAGAUGGUGAACCAUUAAGCCAACAGGCUUUGCAGGAACUCCAAGCGAGAUAUAAAUCCUCACACCCUGCCCUUAAAAGUCCUGAGACUCUACAGAUGUAUUAUCGCAAGUUGGCACAAAUAAUUCUGCAUCAUUAUUUGCCUGUUGAAGUUACUCGAUGUGACCUUGUUUUGCUUUCAUUACGAGACCUCUUUGCUCAAAAUGUUCUACAGGCCUUUGUGGACCUACUUUGUGAUACUCAGUGGCUUAACACAAUGUUGGCUGAAAUACUCUCUGGGAUAACUGAUGAAGAAAUGGAUGGAAGGGGAAAUUCAGAGGUGAUGGAGACAGAUACAUCACACAGUAAAGAUUCCUUAUCUAGCGAUACCACAGGGAUUUUGCAGGGAGCAGAUCGAGAUAAAGUACCUGGGUAUACUAAAUUGCUUGCAUCAAUAAAAGAAGAAACUUUGUCUGAUCUCCAGGAAUGUGAACCUGUCUCUCCCCAGCCUGCUGAAAGAAAAGAAAUCGAAAGUAAACCUGUUAUCAAGUGUCAUUCAUUUGAUGGGGUAUAUGGUGAGAGAGAAAAGUUUGAAAAUGCAGAGGCCUUAGUUGAAUAUGUUCGGAGUUCCAGUUUAGAAAAGAAGGAUAGUAGGGAGGAGGAUGAGUAUAAAACUGUCUCUUCAGCUCUUGGCACUCUCAUAUCCACAACAGCUGGACCACUAUUACCAGACAGUACCUCGCCUCUCUCAUAUCAGCCUCUUGUAACAAAAAUGUGGGAAAGCCCUGUUGAGGAUAGGUGUUUCAUUGAGGCUCCUGCUAUGAAGAAGAAGAAGAACCCUUUUUCUCGCAAUGUUGUUGAGGGUAUGAAAGAGGAAGAUUAUAAGCUGAUGUAUAAUCCUAGGAUUGGUGAUAAGUUGUCUGUUGAUUCUCUAACUUCUCUGGAUCAAGACUGUACUGUCGCAUCAAGUUUAGAGGGAGAAGUGAGCGGGCUCAUUGAAAUUCGUGUCGAAGAUAGUGAAUGCUUAGAGAGUGAUUCUGUACUGUCUGCAGUUCCACCAAAUUUAUGUGAUAUGCCAAGAAGUAAAAGUUGUGGUAGCCUCAUGAACAAAGCCAAAGAAACAUGUGGAACAGGGGAUGAAGCAAAGAGAUUUCAUGGAUCAUUAAAUGAACUCGAUAAGUCGGGCAAUUCUGACAUUUAUGAAAAUUCCUCGAAAGAUGAUUCUUUUGUGGGUAAUGAAGAGGAGUUGGGAAAUCGCAAGGAAAAAGGACACCUGGUGAAAAUGUUGUCUUUCGACAAAAAUGACGGCACAGAUGAAGCAUCUUUGCAAAGUAAGCUGAGUACAGAGGAAGGUAGUUAUGUGGUCAAAACUUUGACAAGUGAAGUAGCUAACUCAGAUGGUAGUGUACAUUCUAGUAACACAACACUGGAUUUUGAAUCUAAAGAUGAUGCUGAACCACCAAACACUUUGGAAAUACCUAGUUCACCUCCUAUAAAUGAUGCUGGAUUUGGAUGGGAAAAUCCGGAUCUUUCCCCUAUAUAUGAAGAAAGUGAAGACUUGGCAUCAUCUAUUGCAAAGUUAAGGUCGUUGUUAACCGAGAGGGAGAGUCAGCACAGUUUGGGAAGCUUGAGUUCACAUGGUUCCAGUGAGAGUGAACCUAAAUCAGCACAGUCUGACCCUGGGAGGUAUAGCCUGGAAAAGUCACGCUUCACAUUCACCCACAAGGAUAGCUCAGGGUCUUUAGAUAGAAUACUUGCAGCAUCUGUGAAAUCUGUUUCGAGCCUGGAAUCUUGUGGCAAUGGGAUAGCAGAUGAAGAUUUGAUGGAAGCAGCUGAAAUACCUUUGGAUGGUCGGGUUUUCCUAAGUGUAACUGUACCAUCAACUGAGGUUCACUCUGAGCUUGGUGGUGCUCAGUACACUCUCUAUACAAUUCAGUAUGAUGCUAUCUACUUAUGUGAAAGCGCUCCUCCGCCCCCAGAAUCAGAAGAGGAGGUUGCUACUGAACCAGUAGUUGUCCCAGAACCUCGUAUGAUUCUUCAGACAAACUGUGUAAAAAGAAGGUUUCGAGAAUUCUUAACUCUGCAUUCUGCUUUAGAAGAUGAUCAAAAAUUGCGAAGUGCUAUGAAAGGAGUAAAAGGACCCAAUAAGUGGCUGAAUUUACCAUUCAGCAAGUUAGAUUCAACUACUAUUGCUACACGGAAGCAGUUCCUUGAAAAAUAUCUUCAGUCAGUAAUCCAGAGGCCAGAACUGAAUAUUUCAACUCCAGUGAAAGAAUUUUUGGCUUAUGGGCUGGACUCCUCCGUAUCUUUUGUGAAGAAACCUCUGGAAUUACACGUUCCUCGUUUAGAUAAGCUUCUGGCCAAAACAGUGUCAGGUGUCUUCCAUAGCAUUAAGACAGCUCUUCCAAGCUUUGAAUCAUCAGAUAACCCUGUCAGUGGAGGCGAAGCAGUGACACACAGUGUUUCAAGCGGUAGCAGUACUGGUGGAGACGUUGUGAGAAACAGGUCCAGUAGUGGUGUGCUGGGUGAAAGGAGUAAAUUAGCAGCCUUUCUCUCGAGUGGCACUAAGACAGAAUAUGAAUUAAAGCUUGAUAUUACUGCAGAGGAAGAGGAAUGUCAGAUUGAAGAGGCUCUAACUUUUGAGUUAUCAGGCAUUGGCAGUAAGAGUGAGCUGGUAGAUACCGCUUAUGAGGCACGAGAAAGUCGAAGCAUGUUCUUGCCCCAGUUAAGCAGUCUGCAGCAGUGCCACCAGUUUGAACAGGAACAGCAAGUCCAUCAACACUCCGUUGUGGUAGGAAGAGGAGAUGUUGGAAUGGGCAGUGGCUCCCAUUCUUCUUAUCCCUAUCCUGCUGCCUCCCCUUUCCAUCACCUACCCCCUCCUGGUCCCAGAUCACAAGGAGAUGGCUGUGACAUAAGCACUCUUUCACAGCAAGACAGUCAUGAGGAUAGUAUAACUGAAGGAGAAGAAGAUAUAUCAUGGAAAGAAUGGCCUUUGUCUGUGGGGUUGUUGGAAAUGAUUGUAGAAAUAUUUGGAUCUGCUGAUCAUCCGCUCACCCAUCAACCUUGUGUUACUCUUCUAACUCUCACAAUGGCCAGGAUCACGCAUAAGUGGUUACAGGAGUUGUGCAUGUUAUGACUGGUGAGGAAGUUAUGAGACAUGCAAUAAUGAGAAUGGUCAGUGCUAUUCAGCACCCUGCAAUUACGAUAGAUCUGGUGUUACACAUUCUUGACUUGAUUGUCAUACAACUCCUUCCCAUCACUCCUUUGACCCCUUGAAUGACGUGCCAUUGGUGCCUAACUAGCAUCAACUACUUUGAUGGUUAUAACCUGCAAUAAAGGCUGUCACCUUCAAGUGUGGUAGAAGGUGGAUCUAUAUUUAUGGGCAACUUGAGGAUUGGAGUCUGGGAGAUAUUUGUGAUAUAUUUUCAGCAGCACUAGAUGAACUGUGUUGGAAAUGUAACAAAUUGAGUCAGUAUUUAUGACCACCUUUGUUUUGUCCACUGCCUCAUAUUGUCUUAGGAGUGAAUUGUGUGUGCCAGUUUUACUAAUGUGCUAUGGCUAGUCAUCAGAAAUGUAACUCAUGAAUUAUGAAACCAAAAGGAAGUGUCGUUAGUGUUCAUAACUGUGUAUAUAUAUGUUUGUGAAGUACGUUAGUAUUAAAUGUCACAAUGGUAAUGGUAUAAAGAUUAUAUAUCUUUGGAAAUGACUCAAGUUUCAAAGUUUGAAGGAAGAUAUAGUUUUUAUCGUCUAGUCAGGUAAGUUAAAUAUACACAACACUCAAAGAUAAAUUUUUUUCUGUUAGGCUUCUUUCUAGUCUAGUUUAUAUUUGCAUAGAAAAUGAAGAUUUGAUGUUGUGAAUACUUUAUACAAGACAGGGUGCACGCUUGCAAAAAUGGCAUUUAAAGACUCCUGACAAAGAUUCCUUUGUGUACAGUAGUAUAUAAAUGUAUAAAAGAAAAUCUUAACUCAUAGUUGCUUCCAUCCCAUAUAGCCUUGCCAUCCUAAGUGAUAACAUAAUCUGCUGGCAGAUUUCUUUUGCUUUCAUUCUAAUUUGAUUAUCAUUUUUAUUCUUUUCUAUUCUCUAACAUAUUGAAAGCUAAACAUUAGUUACCAUCUUAAGAUUUAUAUUUAUACCUCAUGCAAGCUAAAAGUAGUACGAAUUGUAUCAUUUUUAUGAGCAGAACGGGAAAUAAAUUUUGGAGUAAAUGAUGCUUUCAUAAACUAUAACUUAUCAGUUCUCUGCUUUGCAGAGCAACUGUAGAAAGGAUCAAGUGACAUGAAUUGAUGUAAUUGUCCUGUAUUUGAUUGGAAAGGAAAUAUUAUUUUUUAGUGGUAAGGGGUAACAGAUGAGCAUGAUGAGAGUACUGAUGUAAAAGUGUGUAGACAUUAAGUUUCAUAGGAGAUGUAAUCUCCAUAGUAAUUUAUUCAUAUUACAGUACAUUCCUUCUCAAAUACCUCGAACAUACAUGUUCUUGACAAAUGACUUACCUAAAAAGAGUUAUAGGUUAGUAGAAUAUUUUAUUCAUAGUAUAGUACUAUUUUUGCCAUGUAUGGUCAGUUUAAAAAUUGCUCCUCCUGAAAAUGUGAUUUUAUAAUUUAAGGACAUAAUUUUAUUUUUAGAUUCAUAUGGAAUAUUGAAUUUACAAAAUAUUUUUUGUAGUAAUAACAUAUGUCAUGUUAUGCUCACAUUAUUGCUUAAACUCCAUCCUUUGUAAGGAUUGUUCAGAAACUUUUUAUAUUUUUCUUGGCAUUUUUUUGUUUCUUCAAGACCUUUUUUAUUUUUCAAAAUAAUAGUUCAUUUUUAAUAAAUGUUUUGUUUCCCUUUUAUUUCUUUAAUUUCUGUUUGGAAUUUUUUAAAAUGAGGUUGGACGAAACACUUUUCAAGAUUAUUUACUGACAAAAUUUUACUUAAAAACUGGUAAUUAGUCAGCUAUUACUAGUUUGAGUUUUUGUGGUAGAUUUUUAUUGUAUCAUCAUGGUUGUGUUUGAGGGGAACUUUAAAGUAGGUGACUUUAGAUGGAAAGCACUCAUGAUUUUAUUUAAACAACCCAUUUUACUAGUGUGAAUUAAUACACCAGACACCAAAAUCUAUGAAAUGGAGGUCUUGAAAAUGAGAAAUUUGUUGAAUAAUGGUCAUCUUUGGGAUCAAACCCUGUUAGACAGCUUUCCCUCUGUCCUGCAUAGUACAAAAGGAAAUAAACAUAGAAAGACUCAUUUAAAAGUUGAAUAGUAUAUAUAAAUCACAGCAGUGAACUGUCAAAGGUUUUGGUUAAAAUGCAGGGUGGUAUGAAGCCAUAAGAGAGGAAUAUACAAAAAGUCAAACUACAAAGUGCUUUUGAGCAGUAUAAAUGUAAACUUUGUUACCCAGUAAACCAGAAAUUGAUGCCAAAACUAAGAAGGUGCUUGCAAGAAAACUGAGUCAAAUGAAUAUCAAAAUCAUCAUAGAAGUAGGAAGAUAUGACCUGCAAAAUCUACUUCUUAACUGAAGUCAGUAAUUAUAAGUCUGCGUGGAACGGGGAAGAAGUUUUACGAAAUGAAGGCUGGAACUGGAGAUAUUGAUGGGUUGCUUAUAAUGAUGUAUUAAUCCUUAGUGAUGCUUGGUAUUCACUGAUAUCAGUUGAAACUCAAGGAGCAAAGAUAUUGAUCUUGACAGAUCAAAUUGAGCUUGGUACCCAGACUCCUUGAAAACUAGCAAUAAUGCAGGAAGCAGAAUUAUUAGAUGCAGAGAAGAUCACCAAAAAAUUAGUUAACUGUCAUGUGGGCCUCUGAAUGCCAGACCCAGAAAGACUUGCUAUACUAGCUCACCUUGAAUGCCCAAACUUUAGUGAACAAACAAUUUGUUAUGGCAUAGAGGGCUUAAGUAAGUCCAUGAAUAGAGCUGAUGUAAUUUUAGAAGAUUCCUUCAUUUUUGUAAAGAUGCAUAAAUAGUAAAAGUUAAAUUUUGAUAUACAUUUUUUUAAAUAAAUCAUUUUACUUUCAGGAGAAAUGUAAAUACUACUGUAUUUGAAAUA